CCGGCUGCGGGCGAGGAGCUGUCGGGGGUGUUUCAGGAGAUGUUAAAGUUCGAGUGUCACUUCAUCAACGGCACCGAGCGGGUGAGGAACGUUCUGAGGAAAAUCUACAACCGGGAGCAGUACGUGCACUUCGACAGCGAUGUGGGGGUGUUUGUGGGGGACACCCCGUACGGGGAGAAGUUUGCCAAGAAAUGGAACAGCGACCAGGAAUGGCUGGAGUAUGCACGGUCUCUGGUGGACACGUGCUGCCCUCAAAACUACAAGCUGUACACCCCGUUCAGCGUGGAGAGGAGAGAGAUGCCACCGGACACCGUCCGCAGCAAGAUCCUGGUGGGGGUCGGGGGCUUCGUCUUGGGCUUGGUCUUCCUGGCGCUGGGGCUCGGCUUCUACCUGUGGGAGAAGAUAAAGGGAGGGUCCUCGGCGGUUUUGUCCCCCCCUUGCCCACAGUCAUGCCCAGUAUCAUCCCACUAUGAUUCCAGUCACUCCCAGUCUGAUACCAGUCUCUCCGAGUAG